CCAAGUGAAAAAGUGGAAGAGGAGUCCCGAGAGAAGAGGACGCCUCGCUUGUCUCAGGAGAUUUCAAGACAAAUCCAGUAAAGCAAAGUCCCUCAAACAGAAAGUGAAUGGAAGAUGCCACGUUCCUUUUUGGUGAAGAGCAAAAAGGCUCACACCUAUCACCAGCACCGCUGUGUGGAAGAUGACCUGCCAGUACUCACCUGGGGUCCAGUCACCUCUGCCUUCACUGCCACAGGAGACAGGACACCAGAGGACAUCAAGAAACAGGACCAGGGAUGUGUGGUUCCAAAACAAGAAAAGGACCCACCUGAACUGAAAGAAGAAGGUGUCCCUGUCCAGUACCUGAGCAGGAUGCUGCCAGGCCCUUCAGCUCAAGAGAUGGCCAUGCCAGGGCUGCAGAUCAAGGACUGCACUAACACAGUGAGCACCCCAACCUUCUACAAAGCUGGCUUUUCCUGGGAUGCUUUCCACAUGCCAUACAGCUACCAGCAGAUGUCUUCCAGCAUGCAGUCAGCCCUGCUGGAGCACCCUGUGAGCCUCUAUGGGAGCCACCUCCUGCCAAGCACUGAGCCCCCCCUGGAUUACAGCCUGCAUUAUUCCUCAGACAUGGAGACCUUCCACUGUGUGAAGUGCAACAAGGUGUUCUCCACUCCCCAUGGACUGGAGGUCCAUGUCCGAAGGUCUCACAGCGGGACCCGUCCCUUUGCUUGUGAAGUGUGUGGCAAAACCUUUGGGCACGCUGUGAGCCUGGAGCAGCACACCAACAUCCACUCCCAGGAAAGAAGCUUUGAGUGCAAGAUGUGUGGGAAGACAUUCAAACGUUCCUCCACCCUCUCCACUCACCUGCUGAUCCACUCGGACACACGGCCCUAUCCCUGCCAGUACUGCGGGAAGCGCUUCCACCAGAAGUCAGACAUGAAGAAGCACACCUACAUCCACACAGGGGAGAAGCCCCACAAAUGCCAGGUGUGUGGCAAAGCCUUCAGCCAGAGCUCCAACCUGAUCACCCACAGCCGCAAACACACCGGCUUCAAACCCUUCAGCUGCGAGCUCUGCGCCAAGGGCUUCCAGCGCAAGGUGGAUCUGCGGAGGCACCGAGAGACCCAGCACAGCCUCAAGUGAUGCCUGCCUCCAGGUCUUUGCUGGAGCUCCCACUCCAUGCUCCAGAGAAGAGGACUGUCCCCAGCACCUCCAUCCACCUCAUAAAGCUCCCAUGGUGUCCUGUGUUCCCCUGGGGACUGGCCAAGUCAUGCACUGGAUUCGGUGUUUGGCACCACAUGGCCUUGCACAUCCCAAAGGAACCUGUGGGAGCUUUCACUUCUUGAUUGCAACAGGUACCAGCCCAGAUCUGACAUCACCUGCUCAAGUGUAAAUCCAGAGGAAUUUUCCUCCAAGGUCACAAUUACUCUGGAUUUACACCAGGAGCAGAAUCCAGUUUGUCAGGCUGCCCAGUGGGGAGGAGGGGACUCCUGGGCUGGUGGCAGCAACAAUCUGUGCCAAGCUGGUGCUGUAACCAUGUUCUGCUCUGAUGGUUGGGAAGAUAAGCCCAGGGCAUGCAAAUAGAUUGCAUUCAGUCAGCUGUGUUCAACCUGGACAAACCUUCUGCAGAGACUUGCCCAGGCCAUAAAUUCUGACAACAGACACCUUAAAGUAAUUUCUUUCAGCAGAGCAUUUACUGUGAUCAAAUGACAAGUUAACUGUGCUGUAUUUUUAGCUUGGAGUGGGAGGAAAAUACUGAAGAAACAGCUCCUAUCCCUAGCAGAUAACAGGGGUCUCUAAAUACAUUCCUCAGACACAUCACACUGCAGAGAUCCCAAGCAGGCUCCAGG